AUGGCGCCGCAUGUGCUGCUGCCGUCCUGUUCGUCUCCCUGCCGCCCGGCCGGGUCUCCCGAGUCAGCGCAGACGCUUCUGGAGGCAGCAGUCGCGAAGGCAAAGUCGCCUGCCACCCCCUCAGAUCUGUUCUCUCUGGCGCAAGUCUCGCCCGCUCCGGACGCAACCCCCGCAGCUCCAGCUUCAAAACCCAAAACGGCGAUGGCCGACGAUCACGGUCCCUCCGUUCCAUCAGCCGCCCCAGUCGCGUCUCGUCCCCUUCCCUCUGACGAGAAGGCGCGGAGGACGCGCGCUGACGCCAACCCUGCGGGUGAACCGGGGAGCACUCCCGCCGCUCUUUCGUCGCCGGAUGCCUCUCCGCGUGCGCAGGCUGUUCCGUUCCGUUCCUCCACUCCGGCGGCCAACCAGCCGCCCUUUGAGCCUUCAGACGCGCAGAUCGCAGAGGCGCUGCUGAUGAAUGGAUACCGCAUCUCGGAAGACACCGCGGGCGAUGCAGACUUCACGUUUCCUCUCGACUUUCAGACGCCGCUGAACUACGAGAUCUACUCGUUCAUUUCCCAGUGUCUGAACGCGGCGCAACUCAAGCAGUCGCUCUCGGAGCAGGGCGCCGGCCAGAGCGCCUCUGACCUUUCCAAGAGCCUUGCGAAGGCCAGCGAAGCGCGGGGCGAGCGCAGGGAAGCGGCGCGGAAGCAAGAACGGAGAAACGAGACGGACAAAGGGAAACGGAAGGAAGAGAAGGAGAACGCGUGGCCAACUCUCGAGGCCGGCGCGGCGCAUCCGAGACGCCCAGGAGACAAACGCGAGACGGGCCCUCUGAAACCAUCUCCCGCUGGCAUGGGGAAACAGGGAAGAAACAGAAAGCAAUGGAAAGCCAAGGAACCGAGCGGCCAGGAAGACGCCCAUCCUUACGCUUCACCCCCCUCGCCUCCGGAGUCUCCCGCCCCUGUCCCGGCUGCUGUGCGUGCAGCUCCUGGUGCGUCGUCUCCUGAGGCUCCGGCGGUAUCUCCGAUUGCGGAGACAGCUCAGCCAGGCCUUGUCGCGGCCUCACUGCCCUCGACCGCGGUCCGGGCGCCUCCUGGCCUUUCGGGCCCAGACGUGAACACGGCGCUUCUGCGCGCGGCGUUUCUGGGACGCGAGGACAUUGUCGACUUGUGCCUGAAGCGGGGCGGAGAUGUCUCCUUCUCCGACCGCGUAGGGCGGACGGCGCUGCACUACGGCGCGGCGACAGGGACGGAGAAGAUCGUCAGGAAACUCCUCGAGGCGGGCGGCGAGGCGAACAUCAACAAGCGCGAUCGAAAGCACUGGACGCCGCUCCUCAUCGCCGUGACGAAGACGCACUCUGCCUGCGUUCGCCUCCUCCUCGAGAAAGGUGCGGAAAUCAACGCCACACUCUGUCACCGCUGCGCGCCGUGCAGAAGCUCUGCGCAGUCGCAGGGCGCAAGAGCCGAUCUCGGAGACAAGGGUGAGGCCGAGGCAGCAAAGGGCGAGGCAGCUGAUGCGGCAAACGAAGCGGGAGAACGAAAAGAGGACGUGGACAAAAGCGGCAAGGCCAGUUCUGUCCCCGGAACGAACGACCCUGAAGGCCCGGUCCAGACGUGGAGCGCCGCCAUCCACUUCGCCGCAAUCAAGGGAAACGUCGAGAUCUCCAAGCUGUUGCUCGACUACGGCGCAACAGUGAACGACGUGGACAGCGACAACAGACCGCCGCUGCACUACGCAGCCUGCCGAGACAAUUCACAGUACGUCUCGUGGCUGUUGUCACGCGGAGCGCGCCUCGACUUGUUCGACGUGAAUGGCCGAAGUGCACUGCAUGCAGCUGCGAUCAAGGGUCAGCUGCAAAACGCCCAAAGCAUCCUUGAGGCCGCUGACCCGGUGACGGCUCUUCUUCUCCUCCGGCGAAAAGACAAGUGGGACAUCACCCCUGCGCAACUCGCCAAGCUGCAUGGACAGAAUGGCGCUUAUUUGCUGCUGAAGUCGUAUGCGGAUCAGCUGGAAGCUACCCUGGGAGACCUCGCGCCUUCAAUUGACGCCGAGAAUGCCGACGUGCGUCUCCUGAACCAAACCAUCACGGAGGUCCUCGCCACAGGCAUGCAAGAAGUGAAGAAGAACAAACUCGAAAGGACCGUCGCGCGUCUGGGCACCGUCACGUGCCUGAAGGCCUACCAAAAAACGAUGAUGGUGCAGGGAAUGGGAGGCAUGCUCGUCGCUGAUGGUAGCCGGCCCAAGACUGCAGGAGGCGUCUUCUUCACACUUCUGCGCGAGAUGGCGCGUCAAGGCGAAAUCAGUCGAGAAGACCUUAUUUACAUCGAAAUGGAGGAUGGCGAAGCGAAGAAGGCGCUGCGGCGGCGUGCCCGUCAGAAGCAAACGGCGUCUGCCGCUGUGGACUCCGCCCCUCAAGUUUCUCGCCGCGCGCCGAACUCCGCUUCGUCUGGACGGACCUCGAACGGCGGGGCUGCUCGCCCCUCGCCGACUGCGCAGGCUGGCUCAGCUUCCUCGGGCGCAGCCGGGAACUCCCGCUUUUCGUCAGCUCGCCCCGGUACGAGGCGCGCGGCAGCAGCCAAGCCUCAGGAGAACGCGCGUGCGCCGCACGCCUCGUCGCAAAGAAACUCGGUGGGCUUUUUCUUGUCGCCGCCUGCCACGAUGUCCUCGCCGAAUCUGCCGCCGCGCUUGGUUUCUUCGGGGACGAAGACGCGCCCGGGCAGUGCGCUCUCGUCAAAGAGCAGCGGCGCGUCGACUGUCGGCGGGUGUACGUACACCCCGCUGGCCCAGGCGAUCAAUGCAGAGACGCUGAGCAACAGCAGCAGCCGCGGAAGUUCUCCGCAGCAGCAGACGCCGACAAAUUUCCCUUCGGUCGGCUCCUUCGUGGGGACGCAGCCGCAAGGCUUCUACCCCUUCUCUAUGUACCCUGUUUACCCGUUCUGGUCGAUGGGCUUUCCGACGCCGUUGUCGCCGCCGCCCAUUAUGGGCGCGAAUCUAUCGGGAAAAGAAGAAGGCUGCGCGCCCUUCUUCUCGAGUCCGUCCUUCUUCGCGCCGCAGGCUGCAAGCGCAAACACCUUCUUCCAGCGAGGAGAGAAAGGCGACAGCCGCAAGAAGAACGCCACGGGUGCCGUCCCGAGCUUCCCGCCCUUCUUUCCCGGCGCGCCGGGGGUGUACUUACACCCCAGCAGAGAAGAGUCGGACGUGCAGGAAGCCGCGAGCAAGAAGAAGGGACGCCCGCAAAAGAAGAAAGAAAGAGAAGAAGAGAGCAAGCGGGAGUGGCGAGAGGAAGAAAGGACUCGAGGCACAGGCAGCGCGGACCGAGAAGGCGGACACGACGCUGAGGGAGAGAAGCACGAGAGGGAGAUGCCAGGAACGAGAGUCGCGCAGGCUCGCGACACGCACCGGCAAACGGCGAGUCCGGAGAAGCCCCAAAAUCAACAAGUGAAGGACGGAGACGAGGAGGAUGGUUGGAAAGUCGUGAAGAGCAGACACGCGGAAAAGAGGGCAAACGAUUCCGGGAAAACCUUCCCCGGUGCGGGGAGCUCCGCUGGCGGCGGAGGCGUGAGGGGCCGAGGAGGAAGAGGCCGAGGCGCCGGAGCCCGCGGACGAGGGGGAAGAAGAAACCCCGAGUGA